GGGAAGAGCUGCUACAUUGACUUCAAUAGCACUCAAGAGAACAGACAGGUUCUUCCUUUGGGGUGGGGAGGUAGUCGUCUCUUCCUGAAAAGGAAGCAAGGAAACAAAUAGCUAAUAUACAGAUAUAGAGAGAGAUUUUAAAGUAAAGGAUGCACUGGAAGACUUUGCUACUGCUGCUUUUCUAUUAUAAUGCUCACGCCACUGUGAGCCCGAGGUGGAACAGAGCCAUGCUUUUCCCAGAUGCUCAGCGGUUUAAGAGAUGGUCGUCAUCUGCCCCUGUGAGCCCGGUGCUGCAGAACUCGCUGGAUGAUGUGAACAUGCUUUUUGAGUUUCUUUUAGCUGAGAUUGAAAUUGACAGAAAUCUGAGGAUCUCCAUAAAAGAUGAGGAGCUGGCUUCGCUGAGGAAGGCCAAAGAAUUUGACACUGUCUGCAAUGACAUUAUCCCCAAGAGCAUCACAGAGAUUCGUCGGCUGAGUGCCAGGCUGUCUGACUACCCGAGGGUCCUAAAGAAAGAAGAUUUUGAAAGGACAGUGUUGACCAUGGUCUACACAGCCUACAGGGCAGCUCGAUCUCGGAUGCACCAGAAAGACUCUUGGGCCAAAUCCUUCAUCAGUCUCUACAAGGCCCUGAAACAGGACUUGACGUUCUCAUACAGCAAAAAGCCAUUGCAUUGAAGGAGUUUAUACACCAAGAAUGCAACAAGCUCUGCUGAGAAGGGGACACAUAGCACGUCCACCACUUUAUUCUGUAAACAAUUUAAGUCUAUGCGUAGAUAAGGAUUCUUUAUUCUCUAGCUCCCCCUAGUGGGAUCCUGUUAUAGAAACACGUUAAACAGGAAAAACAUCUUGUCUGCUUCAGUCCCUGGCAUCCAUUCUCAUGUGGGCAAAGAAGGUUUUAUUACUGAGGUAGAAGGGAAUAUUUAUAUUAUAUAUACAUAUUUAAAGUUAUUCCCAAAGGAUGAAGGAAGGGCACGUUCAUCUGGCAAGUUUGGGAGGAAGUUUUAGAAACCCGUUUCCUGUUUUGGAAAGUAGUAAAUAUUUUGAAGUUGCAUUAAACAAGUCCAUCCCUGGUGUAAUAUCAACAAAGUUAAUGGCUUUAUGUCUGGGAUGAUUUGGACUUGAUCUGUCUUGGGAGUGAAGGGAAGUAUGCUCUGGUAACUAGUUUGCAAAGCAAACUCAGAAGGAGAAUGUGCUGAGGAAUGCUACUUUCCUGGCUAGAAAAAAAGAUAGUAGUUUUUCUGCCACCUAAUGGGGUGUAAAGAGAGAGCGAGAGAGAUAUAGGCCCACUAUAAAAUGAAGAAGAGUCAUGGCAAUUAGAGCUUGGAGGCUAUGGCAAGAGUAAAAUCAUCAAUAUUCUUAUAAAUCAAACUGGCUGACUCGCUUCCCAAGUAUUGGUAACCUAUUUUGAUCUCUUGUUCACAUACAUUGGGUUGAGCCAGUUUUUAUUCACAAGAAUGUUUGUUUGUGGAAGGACACAUAGCUAUUUGUGUGUGCAUUCUCCCCAGAAGAGCUCUCACAGCUAGUCUAUAAAGGUCCUUCCAUUAUUUGCACAUGGCUCUGAGCCUGCAACUAUCUGUCCAUGUGGAGUCAACUGCAGGAUCAGAGCCUAAAUUAAUUUAACAAUUACACAUUUUUCAGCUCGUCCCUAUAACUCAAAGUCUCUGAACCAGUCUCCUGGUUCAGAACAUCCCUGAACUUUGUGAAGGGUGUUAAAAAAUCAAGACUUUUAUGGAUAAUUCACGGACAGAGGAAAGGUAUUCAUCAGAUAAAUUAUUUGCAAUGAACAGUUCAACCUGUUCAAGAAUUUUAGUUGACUAACAAGAAUUUUAGUUACAAGCUGGGGACGCAUCGGUUGGAAGUAACGGAGGAGGAGAGAGACCUCGGGGUCCUUGUGGACCGCAGGAUGACUAUGAGUCGACAAUGUGACGUGGCAGUGAAAAAAGCCAAUGCGGUCUUGGGAUGCAUUAGGCGAGGUAUAUCUAGUAGGGAUAAGGAGGUGCUGCUUCCGUUGUACAAGGCACUAGUGAGUCCUCAUUUGGAGUACUGUGUGCAGUUCUGGUCUCCCAUGUUUAAAAAAGAUGAACUCAAACUGGAACGGGUACAAAGAAGGGCCACUAGGAUGAUCAGAGGAAUGGAAAACCUGUCGUAUGAAAGGAGACUCGGGGAGCUAGGGUUGUUUAGCCUGACUAAACGAAGGCUGAGGGGGGAUAUGAUUGCUCUCUUUAAAUAUAUCAGAGGGAUAAAUACCAGGUAAGGAGAGGAAUUAUUUCAGCUCAGUACUAAUGUGGACACGAGAACGAAUGGAUAUAAACUGACCGUGGGGAAGUUCAGGCUUGAAAUUAGACGAAGGUUUCUGACCGUCAGGGGGGUGAAAUAUUGGAACAGCCUUCCGAGGGAAACAGUGGGGGCGAAGGACCUGUCUGGUUUUAAGAUUAAGCUAGUUAAGUUUAUGGAGGGAAUGGUCUAAUGGGAUAACAUGAUUUUAGUCACAGGAACAGCGUGCCAUCGCUGGUAAAUAGUAUAAUGGCUAAUAAGGGUAAGGCUGGAGAAUCUUGCCUACGUGCUCGGGGUUUUACUGAUCGCCAUAUUUGGGGUCGGGAAGGAAUUUUCCUCCAGGGUAGAUUGGCAGAGGCCCUGGAGGUUUUUCGCCCUCCUCCACAGCAUGGGGCAGGGAUCGCUAGCUGGAGGAUUCUCUGCUAAUUGAAGUCUCUAAACCACAGGAUUUGGGGACUUCAACAGCAGAGUCAAGGGAAAGGGUAGGAACGGCUUUGUGGCCUGCAUCAUGCAGGAGGUCAGACCAGAUGAUCAUAAUGGUCCCUUCUGACCUUAAAGUCUAUGAGUCUAUGAGUCUGUUCUAGUGACAAUGUCCUAAGAUUUAAAACAGGUUAUACUAAUGCUGUUUAUCUAUCUAUGUCCGAUAUUUUUAGCAUGUCUCACUAUAGUAUCUGAGCACUUCUGAAAAGCUGUUUCCCCUUUAAUAUUUGAACCUGUGCUCUCUCUCACUGACUCACACACUACACUCAGUCUUUCUCUCUCUAAUCAUCCACUUUACUUCAUUGUCUAAAGUGUAUAAAUAGAGACAGGCCCAAACCAAAACCGGCAAGGGAAAUAGUUUGAAUUUUAAGGGCCAGACUCUGAGCCCCACGCUGCUCCUUUUGCAUCACUCAGGCCGUACAAAAAGAGCAGAAAUCGCCUGCAAGUCCCUUAUUGUGGGGAUAUUCCACUAGGUGGGUGAUUUCCCAGUAAAUGUGGAGCCAGCAAAGCCACCUCCUACACUUCCCUCUCUGCAGCUUGCACUGUAGACAGGGUGUUAGGGACAGUCAAGGGCAAGCACGGGGAGUUAUCAGAGCCCAGUCCUCAGCUGGUGUUUGACCAUUGCCUGCUGGUGCUCUUUAGAGUUUUCCAAAGUUAUAAACAACUGAAAAUAGGGUUUUAUAAUCUAUAGUCUGAGGCAUCUUUAACAACAGGUGUAGCUAAUUGUGUCCGUGUGUGAAAGAGUAUUCAUACACAAAAACACCACGUUGUGCAUCCUUUAAAACUGGCCCACACUUAACACAACUAACAGAAACGUUCCAAAUGAAAAGCAAUACAUACCUUCCAUUCCUGCGCCCGGAGCAACACAACUCAUUGCUAGCCAAACUGCCAUAUGAUAUAAUCUUUAUUAAUUAACGCUUCCCCGAAAAGGACGGCAGUCUUCCAGAAUGCCCUUUCCCAAACUCCCACCACCACAAGCAGGCCAGCAGAUGUCCCACAUGUACUGUCUCUUCUGCACUGUUCUGGGAAACCACCCUCAGAUAUUUCACAAUCUUGCGGAUUACUCUGUUGUUCCAGAGCAGCAUGGAAUGGGAAUAGAGGGGAGCGCCCAUAUAUGCCUUAUUUCUUAAAAGCAAACACGAACCAUCUGUUUUUUUCCUUUUUAAAAUUACCCUGUCAUAUAAUUAAUUUGCUCACGGAGGGUAAUUACCAUGAGUGUUCACCCUGCUUUUACUCUGUACUCCUAUUCCAUUCCCUAGAGUGACAUCUGCUGGGAAAGACUGGAACUAGAGCAUUCAGGAGCUCCCUCCACAGGCCAGUGGUCCUAUUUUCUUCCCUACUGUGACAACAACCAGGCCUGAGACAGUAAGUUUGAAGUAGAAUUGACUACACAGAGAGGUCUCUCUCUCAGUAGGUGGUGCUAUACUACAUACAAGGUUUAUCUGCCAGUGAGCAUCAUAAGCUCCUCAGAAAAUGAUCAGUACAAACAUUGCUCAGAACAUCCUACCAUUCCCCGUGGAUUACUGUACUUUACAAAUUAUCUUUAUUUCUUCACUGUUAAAUUAAGUCUUCUCAAUUUUGUUAUCCCCUCCCUUCUGGCCCAAUUUCUGUGAAUAAUGUAACAAAUGAGAAAUACUAUUGUCACUCACAUUGCCCAAGUUUAUUUAAUACAGAA